UUGAUCCAUAUGAAAGGUGUUUAAACUGAACAUAUGAUUAACAAAUAAAAAUUUCAACGAUUUUAUUCUUCCUUUGAUACAGGUAAAAUCAAUUUGACGUAUCGAUUUUAUUGUAUGCAUGUUUAAGCAAGUGAUUAAAUUUUUUUAUUCGAAACCCCUCGGACGGAUUCCAUAGGACUGUAUGUACUGUAAAGUAAACAAUAUCCGGCAUGAUUAGAGAAAUGGAAUAUUCAUGACUCCAACAAACAAAAAUGGCGGGAUUAGAGAUCCACGAAGCAGCUGCUACAGGAGAUUAUGAUUCGUUGGAGGAAUAUUUAAAACAUAGUAAAAUUGACGUGAAUCUGAAGGAUAUAGAAUGGGACGACAGAACAGCUCUUCACUGGGCAUGUAUGAAAGGUUAUGUUGAGUGUAUACGUUUGUUGAUUGAACAUGGUGCUGAUGGGUGCGCACGCAGUGCCGAGGAAUCUUGGACGCCUGCACACUUUGCAGCGGAAAGUGGAAGACAGCAUGCACUACGAGCAUUAUUUGCUGCCGAUAUACCAAUAGAUAGACAAAACAAGUAUGGCGAUACACCAAAACGAGUAGCUGAAAUAUAUGGCCAACACGAGUGUGUACGAUACCUUACUACUGCUGAAGAAGAGCAGGCCAAGUUUCGGAAGAAGCUGGGAAUAGAUGAAGAUUCAGACGAAAUUUUGAAACAGUCGAAAAAGUGAUUUUAUACCUCAGUGUUAGCAAAUAUUUGUUAGCUGUCUGAAGUGGCAGUUAUAUGUGUUAGUAAUAGUUCUAGUCAUCAAUUUGUGUCAAGUCAAAAGUCAACCUAGGGUCCAUGCAAUUGUUCAAUAACUUCAUAGCAUACACAUUUUAACAUGAAUCAAAAGUAAUUUAUUCGAAAGCUCAAAUUCCUUUCUCUUAUUAUAUUUGAUAAAAAAAAAAAAAUAAGUACGCUUCCAACAUUUUGGUACAGAAUAUGUAUAGUUUUGUUAGGAGCUGAUGACAAAAGGGGCAUUAAAGAAUAAUCGUGAGCUUUAUAAUGUUGACUUUUUCUCAGGGCAGAAAUUGAAGGUUUAUUUUGUUGUCAUUUAUGAAUUAAGUAACAAAUUAUGUAUGUUAUUAAUUACAACUCAUGGAAAUCUUAUAAAAACGUUCAAUUCUAAUAAGAAUGUUUCAUGUAUGUCUACUUAAGACAUUUCAUUUCUUCUAAGAAUGUUUCAUUUCUACUAAAAAUGUUUCAUUUCUACUGAGAAUGUUUCAUUUCUACUAAGAAUGUUUCAUUUCUACUGAGAAUGUUUCAUUUCUACUAAGAAUGUUUCAUUUCUACUGAGAAUGUUUCAUUUCUGCUAAGAAUGUUUGAUUUCUACUAAGAAUGUUUCAUUUCUACUAAGAAUGUUUCAUUUCUACUAAGAAUGUUUCAUUUCUACUGAGAAUGUUUCAUUUCUGCUAAGAAUGUUAUCAUAUUGAACUAGCAGUCAAACAUUGGUUCGGACCCAUUGUAAUGUCAAAAUAAUAUAUAUAUAGGUCUUGAAGAUUUCCCAAAAUGUAUUAAAAAAAAGUGGUAUUUGGAUUUCACAGGACAAUAUUGUUUAAAAUAUCAAAAUGUUAAUUAUAUUUUCUCGUCCAUGAUAUAUAAAACAUGAUUCGGCUUUAAAUGCGUUAACCUUUGCUUUCAGGAUUGUAUUAUUUGUAUAUUUUGUUUAGUUUUAUGACCAUUUUCUCUACAUGGUGUCUAUCAUUUACAUAUUAAAUUGUUUCUUUACA